GAGGUGGACGUGGCCGGGGACCUGGGCGAGGCGUGGCAGGCCAGCCUGGAGGCCGCCUCGGACGCGUCCGUGUUCGACUUCGGCAACGGACGACCGCUGUGGAAGCUGAAGAUCAUGCGCUCGUCAGGCGGUGGGGUUGUGUCGAACGCACUGCACUUCACGUUCAUGCACGGACUCUCCGACCAGCGGAGCGCCAACGCGCUGCUGCACGAGUUGCUGAGCCACCUGGUGGCGAGGUCCAGAGGCGAGGUGCCCGAGGCGCCGACCCCGCUGCCGUUCCCGAGGUCGAACGAGGACGUCCUGACGCAGGGCGAGCCGGACUACGGGAAGCUGCUGGAGUACGCGCUGGCCCAGGCCGACCACGGUGGGCGGCCGAGCGUGAAGCUGCCCUCCAGCCUGCGGUCCACGGACCGAAGGCCCAGGAGAAGAACUGGGGGCUUCAGCCAGACCAGCCGACGGCCUCCGAACGGUUGUUGGACAUCCCGAAGAUCGAGGCCUCGGGCAACCACAGGAUGA